AUGGAGUGUUUCGUCAAGACCCUCACGGGUAAGACCAUUACCCUCGACGUUGAGUCGAGCGACACCAUCGACAACGUCAAGGCCAAGAUCCAGGACAAGGAGGGUAUCCCCCCGGAUCAGCAGCGUCUUAUCUUCGCUGGUAAGCAGCUUGAGGAUGGCCGCACCCUGAGCGACUACAACAUCCAGAAGGAGUCCACUCUCCACCUCGUCCUCCGUCUCCGUGGUGGUAUCAUCGAGCCCUCCCUGAAGGCCCUCGCCUCCAAGUACAACUGUGAGAAGAACAUCUGCCGCAAGUGCUACGCCCGUCUCCCCCCUCGUGCCACCAACUGCCGCAAGAAGAAGUGUGGCCACACCAACCAGCUCCGCCCUAAGAAGAAGCUCAAAUAG